GGAAAAGGGAGGGUUUGCAUCAGAUUCAUUCAAUUCACUCCUCAUGUUCGUUCUAGCCUCUCCUUCUCAAAUCUCCUUCACCGGAUUAUUGCUCCGCCACAUUGGAGGCAGCACAGUCAGUCCAAACCACCAAAUAACGGACUCAAACUAAUCCUCUCCACACGCUCCUUCUUAACCUCAUAUCAAGUCAACUUAAAACCUAACUAAAUUUCACAAUCAAAACCAAAAGUAUACGAACCCUAACCAAUGAAACCAAAAUUAAAUUGAAACAAAGAGGAAUCAAGCCAUUCCACCUUGGGGGUUUGAUUCCCCUCAAUGAAGUCUACAAGAUGGUAAAUAAAUUGAAGCAAACAGAGCAAGAACGACCAAACUUCAAGGCGGAGAUUUAUCUUAAAUCGUUGCAACCUGAAGAUGAUGGAGACGAAGAAAACCAGAGGUGCCCACCCAUGGGGAAAAGCUGAAGAAGUUCUCAGAUGUCCCGAUACCUCUGGAGGUUUUGUUGAGAGAUGGCAUAAGGAGACACCCACCUUUCAUCUUUCACUCAGUGAUAUGACGAUUACUUUGGAUGAUGUCUCCUCCCUGAUCCAUCUCCUCUUCCAAGCAUGGAGGUGUGUUGCAUUGACUGUACUAUAUUCUGCACUUGGAGAGGCGAUUGUCCUUGAGACGAGGCAAAUUUUCGGUUAUAUGAGUCUAUUUCAGUGUUGGAUAUACAAACAUUUCUUAUCCAUUUAUGACAGGCGGGUUAGUCCUACCACAGCUGGCUUUGCACGAGCUAAGAUAUUGAAGGCCAUACGUUCACACUUAGGCAGUCUUCUGGAGUACAGGUGAAGAGUCAAUGUGAUGACCAUAUAUGAUGUUAUCUGGACACUCUACACAAACCAUAUAGUGCAUCGGGAGUUUGACAACACUUCCCUUUUUUAUGAUUAUCAAUGGUGGGAAACCUUAGUGGCUAGAAACUUACUUGAGAGGUGUCAGCUCCAAUUUGGGUAUGUCCAGGACAUCUCACGACUAGUCCGUGUUGUGCCAUCUUAGGGAAUUGAUAGGUAGUUUAUGUCUAACAUUGUUAGUUGUUCCUGUUCUAUUAUAUAUCAUGCAGUGGAGGUUUAAGCCCUUAGGUAGCGUGUGGAUGGUUAGUUAGAGUGGUACCUUAUUUUAUAACAUCGUCACAUUAUCCCACUCGUUGAGCAUGUAGAUGAUGUUGGAUCUUUUGAUGCUAGGGGUCAUUCUGAUGACUUGCCACCACCUCCACUCGGUAUCAAUGACCAUCAACAACUACAGAGGAUCACACUUUUUUCAGAUAACUGCAUGGGUUUGGCAAACUCAGGUGGUGAAAGGUAUGAUUUGACACUGCAAAUAGCACACAUAUCUCGUGGGGAACAUGUGUAGAUUUUAUUAUUUUGUAUUAUUCAUAUAUUAUUUGUAUAUUACUGACAU